GUUAAUAAUAAUUAACAUAUAUUAUACAUAUGUAUAUAUUGUGUAGUACAUAGAUCGAUCGAAUUGUUUGUAUCGACGUUACACAUGUAGGUGCAUUAUUCGUUCGUAACUUAGUUUUCUACAUAGCCAACUGUGUUAAAUUACGAUCGAUAAUUGUAUUAUCUCGACCGAUUCAUUUUGGUUUGUACAAUUAACUGGCGGCAAGAGGGCGUAUUUGUUGCAAAAUUUAUUAGCGCGGGAUUUGCUUCGAUGAGAGUUAUGUUACCUUUGAUUACAUCGUACUAUGUUUUUUGCACUAAAGUUUUUUGCAUUAAAGAUCAAGUAAAUUACACAGUAUUAGUAUUAGAAGUGAAAGCUUGAUGGAAAAGAAUGAAAGAAGACGAAAAAGAAGAAAAUGAAAAGGUGCAAGCAAUCGCUCCAACGAUGAACAAUUUAAAGGUUGAGCGUUAAUAAUUGGUGUCACGGAAGGCAGGUGCAAGUUUUGCAGAUGGACCACCCACCGCAGCAAACCUGCCGCGAGUAAACAUCUCUUCGAGUUUGAGUGUGUGUCGACGGUAUUUCUCUGAUGUCCCUCAGUGUCCCUAUGCGUACCCCGCAUACAACGUGGCUCGAUAAAGAAAUCAAAAUCAGCAGCCAAAGCUUAAUAGACGCAGUCUCAGUGUGCGUGUGUGUAUGUGCGCCGCAUCGGCUAUUUGGCUGUGAAAUGACUGGUUAGUUCUUUUUAUCGAAGGCCUCUUAAUAAACGAGCCCAUGGCGGAUGCAAACUAAUAUACGCUGUAUACGCGUGUGGCGUGUUAAUUAUGUUUCACGUUUUAAUUUCAGUCGAUCGGGGGAAUCUUUCUUUGUACAAUCAUCCUCAUAUUCGUACCGCGAAUCUUGAUAUGCGCCCCUCAGCUCAGCGCUGCAUUUCAAUUGUGAGUCUUCUGACUGGUCUGAUAAAUGGCUCUCGUUCUAUACAUAGUUGUGAAAUUACGAAUCUAUAUGCGGUAUCUAUUUCUUUCACUAUGAAAAUUUUAGCGCAUCGAGAAAUGAAUCAAAGAAUUAGAAAUGUUUAAAUUUUUCUAUAAGUUUUGUUUAUCUUGAUUCUUCUAAAGAAACAUUCAACAAAGUGAUAUGUCUCAUCCUUAUGUAUUCUUUUGUAUUCUUAUAAAUCAAAUCACUUUAAUCAAGUUAGUAUAAAUUUUCUAUCAUUUUUUCCCCUCUAUUCUUUCUUCCUCUAAUUGUAAAUGAUUUGUUUGACUGAUUACGUAUAUACAUGUAUGUAUAUAAUCAAUGUAUAUAAUCAAUUGGGCAAAUCGCUUAUAAUUAAAGGAAUUAAAGAACAAUUAAGAAAUAAAGAGAAAAAAUGAUAGAAAAUUGAUACUAUUACCACAUAAACUUCUCAACUCUUCCAUUUUUUCAGCUUGGAUAACCUGUUGAGAUUUCUUCCAUGGUGCAAACUAUACCAGCAUAGUUCUGAUGUUGCGGAAAGUUUGACUCAUCCUUGCACUAGCUUUAAACAGGACUCAGUGGGACACUGUGUGUACCACAAAAUCAGAAUAUAAAUCUAACAUGAAACCCUCGCAGCAGGGUUUGACUUGAUUCUUAGGAGACAGGGAUGAGAAUGUAUUUUUCUCUCUCGCUGCGGUCUUCCGCUACAUACGAUUGGGAUUCGGCCGGAUCAGCAGGAGUCGCUAGAGUGGGGAUGAGGCUAUAUAAUCUUGGGGUAGGUCGCCAAAGAAACAAAUUCUCCAAGGAAGACGUGCGUGCAGUCGAAUGCAACGCGACGCAAACCGUCAUUUGUUCUGUGAUACCUACAAUCCUUGAAGGAGGGAUAUACUCAAGUAAAUGCGCGUGUUCUAUCAUUGCGCGUCUUAUCAUUGAUCGAUACAAGACGAGAGAAAAAUGGAUGUUACAAUGACUUUAUCUGUCGUCAUCGUUAUUUUGUCAAUAAGUAAGUAUCUAUGCACCAGAUGUGACAUGCAUGUAAAAUAUAAAGAAAGACAGACAGACAGACCCCCUCCCCCCCCACACACACACACAGAGGGAGGGAGGGAGAGAGAGAGGGAGGGGGGGGGAGAGAGAGAGAGCCAGCCAACGCAAAAAUGCUCAAACGAGUACUUGUGAAUACCAUACAAAAAAGUUUUGCAAUGUUUUAUAUGAAAUAUGAUAAAUUAUAAAUGUAAUUGAUUUUAUAUGAAGGUAUUGCACCAAACGUAAAAAUUUUCUCGAAUUGUAGACUUGAAGAACUGUAACUUUUUUUUCAAAAGUGGUGUGAAAGGAAUAAUAUCGCAGUACUUUUUCUUAACUGCUUUUUAAGAGCAAAAAGGAGUGUAGUAUAUUAGAGUAUUUGGGAAAGAGGAAGUUAUACAUGUGCAUGCCUGCAACAGAAACACACAAACCGUGCACCAUACUAAGAAUGCGUGCAAUACUAGCAAUAAUUAUAUAAUAAAAUAUAAAAGAUGUAACAUGGAAUAAAAUUGUUUCAACUUUCUAUUAAAGUUGUUUUUAAGUCACGUGACAAAAGUCAUAGCAAAAUAUCAUUAGAAAUUUGAGUUUGUAAUAUUAUUUAAAGCAAAAUUUAAUAGAAAUAAUGAAUCUGACACCACGCUAACUAUUUUGAAUUUCCUGAAGUUUUUUGACAAGAGAAAGUCUGAAAUCGCUACGUAUUACGAAGGUAUUCGCGUCAACGUCGUUGUCCCCCAACCAAUCCACCGUUGCAUUAUCAAGCACCUAUUCCAACGCACCAACAUGGAAUACCAAAUGCAACAAUCGCAGAGAAAUGCUAAAAAAGGGAGACUGAUGGAGGCGCGAGAGACGCUCGAAAAUGAGCUAUACUUUGAUUGAUGAGCGAGAAUCCGUAAAUUCGUUGGCGCAUUGCAAAACGGCUAUUAAGGAGAUUGAACAGGGGGAUCGUGAGACAAUUGUGGACGAUAGCUCCUCCAGAUUGUAUUCUACAUGGUUGUCUCAAGAAUGUGAAGUACGAGCCGGCCCGGAGUAUAUAAUCAGAAAAUAUACAUUUUUCGAGAAUGGCACGUUUCUCUUGUUGCGUUAUCAUUAUGCCGAAGAGUCAUGCAGCAUACCGACGCAUACUAUCACAAUUCGGGGUUUCCUUAAGUUGCUAGGAUCAUCCGCCGUCGUUUCAGGCGCUACCGAAACAAAUUUUCAUGUGGAUGUCAUUAAUAUUAUACCUUUGAAUCGACAAGUCGCUCAUAAGUUUGGGCACAGAUUGAACCUGACUUGUGGUCCUCGGCCGAAAUGGCGACCUUACGUUUCCGAAAUAGUUUACGAACAAUCGUGGCAACGCUCAGCCGCGACGUCGCUGUGGCAAGGUCCGAUUUACAAUUCUCUACAAACUCACUCGUUUACGAAGAAACGGCUCGGUAUCAACUGUUUAGAGCCCUUCGGAAUUGAAUUCACUGAAUUGAGACUGCUGAGAGUACAAAAGAAAUCAUUCAGAAGCUCUUUCGGCUACGAUCGAUAUCACAAACUUGCACAAUUCCAACUUUUUUUGGCCAGUCCCGCACCCAACGUUUACUCUCGCUGGAAUUAUAAACCGACUUCUUUGCAAUCCACAGCAAUGAUCCGCAUCGAUACGGCGAGCAGUUGCCCGAUAUGCAGCGGUGUGUCUCGGAGCACCGAAUUCAGCCCACCUCUUCUCCACCAAACGGCAGCUUUGCCCGCAUUGAUCGGAGGUUAUUGGCAUAGCGAGAGAUGCGAGAGCUCUGAAGGCGGCAUCUGGCUCAGACGUCAAUUUCAAAUAUAUUCAGGAGAUCGAUUGUGGACUGGUCGUUGGGAUUAUUAUGAUGAUCCGCAAUGUUGGACGUUUUUGUAUGCGCUAACCGCAGCCGGAAGCUACGUUCAGCGAGCUGGAAGACAGAGACGUCACGAAGAGAUCGAUCGAGGAGAGAUUGAUUUUCUCAGUCACUCACUCAACGUUUCGACGAGAUUCUUACGCUCCAAAAGGAGCAUUACCGAUUCCCCAACCAUUCGUACUCUACGAAACAACUUAAAUGUCGCGAACGAGCCGAGAAAUGAGAAAUGGUCAGUUAGAAUGGAUAAUAAAGUACAAAGACAGGAAAGAUCUCUGACUGAUGGGGUUCAUCAGCUUUUGCAUGACGAGUUUAUAAUUGAAUCGAGGUUCACGACGAUGCUGCGAGAUCGUCAGAUAUACGACAAGAUCACUACCAAAAAACCUUUUCCAAUCUGGAAUACUCUUUCUGGUACGUCAGAACUGGAUCUACAUAUUGCCGAGAGCACUUUGAUGUUUGGUGACGUCGCGAUAUCCACUCGUUGUAGUAUCGAUCGGGAGCGACUUGGAGUGCCGCUCACCACCUGGCCAAGAAAUUGUGUUCCUCGCACCAUUGAGGCGCCUUCUACGUUAAGACUGCGGGUCAAACUGGACAUUAACUGGAAUGGCCAGUACAUUCUGCUGUUGGGCUCACAAGAUGACAAUCUGUGGGAAGCGCCUCUGCGACAAUGCGCGCAAAUCUCGCCUCACAAUUCCAUUCUACGAGCGCAUCUCCGAAGAAGUGUUGGUUUGCGUUUCGGACUAUUCUCUUCAGCGUCGACGAACCGAAUCUCCGAAGUUAGUCUCAUAUCGCAAGUCUUCCUGUGUUUCGUGUAUUACCUUGUAUGGUGAUAUCGGGCAUUUGAAUCUUCCGUUAUCUUUGUCGAGAAUCAUUCGCAAUUUGAGAAAGAAGUUUGAUGAAAUAUAUAUGGAGUUUAAACAUUCUCUUUCGGUUUCGUCUUGGAAAAUUCCAUAAAAUUGUAAACUUGUAUAUGUGUAAAUAGAAUCAAAAAUCCAAAGAUCGCGGCAGUAAUUUGCCACUGUCUGUGAAAAUGGCGCAAUUGAUUGUCAGUUUUCAUUGAAUGCCUUGAACGGAAGUAUCGCUAGAUAUUAUUAGGAUUUAGAAAAGCACACAAUAGUGUUAAGAAAAAGUUGCCAUGAAAGUAGCCACGAUUACGACGAUUCGUAUAAGCUUACAUUAUAUUGUGAGUUUACCCUAUUUUGCUACCCUAUAUUAAAUUUGAACUUCUCUGUGAUCAACUGUAAUUUAAUAAAUUCAAUUGCUGCUACGUUGACACAAAA